GGGGCUUUCCGCCUGGCCACUUCCUCAAUGACUCUUCUUGUGUGCUGUCAGUCAGUCACAUCUAGCCAGAAACCCGGCCGUGACAAGUCAAACGUGAUUGCUUGUGCGCCAUGGAUGCUCUUUUGCCUUCUAUCCUUGGGGACGAUCAAGACAUGGUGGCCGUGCCAGAGAUCCGAAUCUUCGAGCAGCCCCGGCCGAGAGGAAUGCGUUUUCGUUACAAGUGUGAGGGUCGUUCAGCCGGCAGCAUCCCCGGGGAGAACAGUACAGACAACAAUAGAACCUACCCCAGUCUGCAGAUUCUGAACUACUGUGGCAAAGGGAAAGUGUAUGUUUACUUGGUGACGAAGAACGAGCCAUACAGGCCACAUCCGCAUGACCUAGUGGGCAAGGACUGCAAAGAUGGCUUCUACGAGGCCGAGUUCGGGCCGGAUCGCAAAGUGAUCGCUUUCCAGAAUCUGGGCAUUCGGUGUGUGAAGAAGAAGGAGGUGAAAGACGCCAUUAUACAGAGGAUUAGUAGAGGAAUCAACCCAUUCAAUGUGCCGCGAGAGCAGCUGCUGCAGACAGAAGAAUAUGACCUCAACGUGGUCCGCUUGUGCAUACAGGUCUUCCUGCAGGAUGAGACCAGCCACUGCACCCAAGCACUAAACCCCGUCGUCAGUAACCCCAUCUAUGACAACAGGGCCCCAAACACUGCAGAGCUGAGGAUCUGUCGGGUCAACAGCAACAGUGGCUCCGUUAAGGGAGGAGAUGAGAUCUUCCUGCUUUGUGAUAAAGUUCAAAAAGAUGACAUCGAAGUCAGAUUUUUCUCUUCUGACGGCUGGGAGGCCAAAGGCUCAUUCUCCCAAGCUGACGUCCAUCGCCAAGUGGCCAUCGUAUUUAAAACGCCACCUUUCUAUAACACGUCUAUAGCAGAGUCCGUCACUGUACACAUGCAGCUGCGCCGACCGUCUGAUCAGGAGGUCAGCGAACCGCUGGAUUUCCGAUAUCUUCCCGAUGACAAAGACCCUUACGGAUAUAACAGGAAAAAGCGCAGUAGAGAGAACUUAAUGAAGAUGUCGGGACUAUCAGCUGUUCCAUUUUCUGGUCUGGCUAUGAGCAGGCAAAAGGCAGCGCCACCGACCACCAGAAAUCACUUGCAGAAAGACAUUUACCUGAGGCAGCCUACUCCAUCAUUGCAGCAGCAACCGGCGUUCAACCAACCCUUCCGAGCGAAUGUUCCAGUCAGCCAUACCUGGACAAAUCCCAAUCCGGUACUCGCAAUGGAUACCAUCACUGUCAAUCCUUCUAAUGCCAUCACCAACUUGUCCCAUAUCAAAUACAACAGACCACAGCAACAAAACUGUGGCUCUGGAUUCUCUUGUGAAAGCAAUUUGUUACCUCAGCUCUCCAUGAGGGACUUGCAGUGCUUGGAGACAGUUGCUCAAACUUCUGAGAUGAGCCAGCCUGAGUCCCAACCACUUUUCUACUUGCAUCCCCAGAGGGAUGGACGGGCCUCUGAUAACCGGGGCCAGAACCACCAAAGGAGCCAGAACCAGGGGUCCCAAUCUAUGUGGAACAAUUUUAGUAGCGCCAGCCCAAGUCAAAAGACCUUUGAAUGCGCCGUACCUGCUGGAGAACGGGGAGCUCUGGGGCUAGGAUCUUUCCCACUCUUGGAGGGGAUGGAAAGUGAUGACUUUUUGAAGGGCCAAGUAGGAGGGUCUCAAACUGAAUUCCAGCUGAAGCAAGAGCCCCAGAUUCCAGUGGGACAAGAGUCCAACUUGCCUGUCAUGACGUUCCCUGGAGAGAGCCAGGGAAACACCUACACCAACCUGCUUCCUCGUCCUUUGAGCAAUGGCAUGAAUGUUUCAAGACAAGAUGGAGGUGGAAAAACCCACCCUUGUAAUCCAAGUGUUAAAAAUCCUUACUCCAGUAACCACAUUCCUUCUGAGAGUCACUUUGCAACUUUGACAGACUGGUUACGAGUUGAGACGGUCAUUCCUUGCCGUCAAAACAGCAACUUCAAGGAAUGACAUAAAGAGAAGAAGAACUGAUCCUAAGGAAUUUAUAUCACGUCUCAUUCAGCGUUCUAUCGCCUAGAAGACAGACAUGUAUCAUUGUUCUGGUCCCAGUCUGCUACAGGAAGUGGACUUUUGCUUUGACUUGCCUGGAUUCAAUCUGUCAGAGAACCAGAUUAAGGCUGGAUUUACACUCGGGUUAAAGUCACCAAUUCCAGUUUGGUGGAUCAUUGUUUUGAUCUACCGUUGGUGUGAUGUUUUCUGAUGACAAGCUUGCAAUAACAAGUUAUAUUCAGUCUUUGUGCGAACACUGCAGGUUAUAUCAGAUCUAUUCAGGCUAUUCCACCAAAUCACUGCUGUUUGCUUGUUGUACCUCUCUCAAAAAUGAAUGUUCAUUUAUGUCUUUUUCAGGAAGCUUUCCUUUAAUUAUUUUUGUGUAAGUUUACGAAACCCAGAUGACUCCUUUUUAGUAAGUGGACUCAAAGUUUUUAGGAUAGAAUUAGCAAAAUCAGUGUUCCAUUGUUUAUUGUGGGGGCCACUUUGCAGAACCCCCUUGUGGUAGAUUAAUUUUUGCACAGUAGGGGCGCUAUUAAUUAUAUGAUUUAUAUGAAAAAUAUAUGCAUUUAACAUUCUUAUAAGCCCACGUUUUUCUCACACAUUUAAAAUCACUUCUUAUGUUCUUAUAACACUUCAUACACUCUAAAACUGAUGUCAUUUUAACAAGAUUGCUUCAAUGGGUACUCAAACCUUUAAAAUCGUCAUUAAGUGAACCGCCAAGUGGCAAGGUAACACGGUACUAAUAAUAAACUUUCGGUAGCAUUUAUGCUAAUAGCAUGUGGACACUAAGCACAUUGCAGGGAUUCAACAUUUAAAACCUCCAAUUUAAAGUUGAAAUAUAGAAUAUACGGAACAAAUAAAUUGGUGAACUGAAUUAUGGCCUACAAGAGAUUUGCAAGAUGCACCUUCCUGUGGACCAGGUGACUUGUGAAUUAUUCCACAUUUGCCAGAGCAGGUAAUGGGACCAGAAUAAAAUGUAAAUUCUAUUUAUUUAUUUUUUGUUAAGAAAAUAAACACACUUGUCUAAAAAAUAUAAAAACAUUUAAGGUUUCAAAUGAAUAUAUUUCAUUUUAGGAAGCAAAAAGAUGUUAGUUAUCCAGUAAUCAGAAAGUAAAAAUUGUAUUUAUUAAAUAUGCAAUAAGAUGAGAAGUGCAAGAAACAUUGCUUAAUAAACACUGAUGUCACAGAUUCGGUGUAAUGGCCCAUGUGUUAUUUUAUCCAUAUUUUUGGGCCCUAAUCCAUGUAAAUCCAUCCUGUAGUAUAAUUUCAGAGUAGGGAAGAUAUUCCAAACCGUCUGCUGGCCAUUCUUACACAAUGAUACAUUUUAUAAUUGAAACACCAGAAAACCAUCUUAUUAUAUUUAGGGUAAUUUGAGAUUGCGAGUACUCUGUACGUCUGGUUUUAUGGUUCUUUUCUGGGACAUUGUAAUACUGUACAAUUUAUAUAUUACAAUUCAUUUUAGUGAUGAAGACUUUGGUACCAAAGAUGUGUAUAAAAGUAAGAAAUUGAUACACUGCAUGAAUGUACUUCUGUACUUUUUUUCAUUUAUGGUUGCAGUGAAACAGGUGUACAUUUUUUCAUUCAUUCUGAGUUUUAUUUGAGGGAUAAAAGUUUGGGGAUUUUGAACUAAGUCGAACCUCAUUGAAGUUGGGGCCUUUUUUAUUGCUUUGCAAGAAAUCACAUAUACUACUCUUGUCCCUUUUUAGUUGUAUUGUCGUUUUGUUUUUGUUUUGUUGUACUAAAAUUUCCAUUGAGGAAGAUUGAGGAAGCACACAAGUUGUGAUUUUCCCUAGUAAUGACUAUGUCACACCACAGAUAAUCACAUGUUUUAUUUUCUCCUGUUUUGUAAUGUGUUUGAUUGACACACUUGUAAAAAUGUUGUUGUUGCAUUCAUUCAUUCAUUCGUUCAUUCACGUUUCGUAGAUGCGAUAGAAGACACGGCUAAUCACAAGCAAGCUCUUGCACAAGGUCAUCUUUAACCUAGAUCAGGGGUCACCAACGCGGUGCCCGCGGGCACCAGGUAGCCCGUAAGGACCAGAUGAGUAGCCCGCUGGCCUGUUCUAAAAAUAGCUCAAAUAGCAGCACUUACCAGUGAACUGCCUCUAUUUUUUAAAUUGUAUUUAUUUACUAGCAAGCUGGUCUCGCUUUGCUCGACAUUUUUAAUUCUAAGAGAGACAAAACUCAAAUAGAAUUUGAAAAUCCAAGAAAAUAUUUUAAAGACUUGGUCUUCACUUGUUUAAAUCAUUUCAUUUAUUUUUUUACUUUGCUUCUUAUAACUUUCAGAAAGACAAUUUUAGAGAAAAAAUACAACCUUAAAAAUGAUUUUAGGAUUUUUAAACACAUGUACCUUUUUACCUUUUAAAUUCUUUCCUCUUCUUUCCUGACAAUUCAAAUCAAUGUUCAAGUUUUUUUUUUUCUUAAUUGUAAAGAAUAAUAAAUACAUUUUAAUUUAAUUCAUUAUUUUAGCUUCUGUUUUUUCGACAAAGAAUAUUUGUGAAAUAUUUCUUGUAACUUCUUAUGAUUAAAAUAAAUAAAAAAUAUUCUGUCAAAUCUACAAAAUCUGUCGAAUCAAAUUUAAAUCUUAUUUCAAAGUCGUUUGAAUUUAUAUUAAAAUUUUUGUUCUGGAAAAUCUAGAAGAAAUAAGUAUUUGUCUUUGUUAGAAAUAUAGAAAAUAUAGCUUGGUCCAAUUUGUUUUAUAUUCUAAUAAAGUGCAGAUUGGAAUGUAACCUAUUUAAAAAAUGUCAUCAAAAUUCUAAAAUUAAUCUUAAUCACGAAAAAUUACUAAUGAUGUUCCAUAAAUUCUUUUUAAUUUUUUUUCCAAAAUAUUCAAAUUAGCUAGUUUUUCUAUUCAUUUUUUUUUUCGGUUGAAUUUUGAAUUUUAAAGAGUCAAAAUUGAGGAUAAACUAUGUUUAAAAAUGUAGUUUUAAUUUUUUUGUGUGUUUUCUCCUCUUUUAAACUGUUCAAUUAAGUGUUUUUUUCAUCAUUUAUUCUCUACAAAAAACUUUCCGUAAAAGGAAAAAAAAUGUAAGAUGGAAUGACAGAAAUACCCAUUUUUUAUAUAUAUAUAGAUUUGGCAAUUUCUGGCAAUUUCUGUAAGUGUGUAUCAAACUGGUAGCCCUUCGCUUUAAUCAGUACCCAAGAAGUAGCUCUUGGUUUCAAAAAGGUCGGUGACCCCUGGCCUAGAUCAUCCUAACGUUAUGUUUUGUAUAGAUUUAAGGACAAUUUUGAACUAUUGUUUGUUGGAUUUUUCUGGGGUUUUUGCUGGAGAAUCUUAUUUUAAUAAACAUUGUUGCUCAGG